ACCUGCUCCAGAAAAACUCAAGCUCCAGCUUGUCUUUCCUGACCUGACCUGUUUCUGCUCCACAACCACCCGUUCAGCCUGUUCCCUUUAACCACCAAACCUGACAGAGGAAGAGACUAUGGAGCGGCUUGGAGUAACAGCAGCGAGCCGAAGACCCAAAGAAAUAACAACACCUGUGUGUUCUGUUGCAGGACUUUUCAAUGUCAUUUUGAAGAUGUUUUUGUUGACCGCUUCUCAUUUGGAGACGAAACACGUCAAAGCGGACCAUAGAGUGGAGGUUCUGCUUGGAGCAACCACCAUCCUACCCUGCGAAAUCAUCGGCACAAGUGAUCGUCUGUCCCAGAUCACAUGGCAGAGAACCACCAAACAGAAAGAUGGUCAUUUUUUGACAAUUAGGCCCAACAAUGAAGUCAAAUAUAGCAAUGAAGAAGACUUGCGAUUUGAAUUUAUUGGGAAUUUUGAUGAGAAAAAUGGAACUCUGAAGUUUUCUAAUGUAACACUGAAGGAUGAAGGAAGCUACACAUGCAUCUUCAGCUUAUUGCCCAGUGGAAAACAAAGCAGAACUUCACAACGUGUAGUACUUGUGCCCCCAAAUACAAAUCUGAUGUCUUAUACACCCAUUGAGGGAAAUGAGGAGGUUCCUCUUGCAACCUGCACAGCUGCUGCCUCCAAACCUAAGGCAGAGGUGAAAUGGAUCAAAGGUUCUCUGGAAGGAAAAGUUCGAGAAGAACUCAAUGAAACUCAGCAUGCUAAUGGGACGACCACCACACGGAGUACGCUGAUUGGAAAACCUGAGAGAGAGAUGAAUGGUCAGUCGGUGAAGUGUGUCGUCUCAAGUGAGACAAUAAAAGAAGAAAUCCUGGAAACCAAUAUCCAGGUCCACUACUCGCCAGGAAAAGUCAAUAUUAUUGAAAAAUCCAAAGUCUCAUAUGAGUGUGAAACUGAGGCAAACCCAAUUGCAACUUUUACCUGGAAAAGGUAGAGUAAUUUGAAAAUAUGUCAUAAAAUC